GGAAGGAAGCACUUGGGGACAGACAGAGACAGGAGGCAGGACUUCCUGACAGGCGAGAUGUCAACAGGCUGAGCGAGACAGGCAAGAAGGGAAGGACUCCGAAUAUGACGGGGCAGAAGAGACAUCUCCUAACACCCCACAGAACUUUAUGAGGGACUCCCUGCCAGGAGGAACUAGCUGAGGGGCUCCACUGCGCUUCAGGUCCACAGCAGAAGCGCCCCAUCAUGAGUGGAGGGAAGAAGCGGAGCGGUUUCCAGAUCACCAGUGUGACCAGUGACUACCAGCCGUCCUCCCCGGUCUCCCCAGUCCCUGCGGAUCGCUCCCCAUCCCCGCCCAAUGGUCCUCGCUCCCCCCCCACCUCCCGCUUCCGGCUGGUGCGAUUGGACCAGGGGCCCCUGGGCGGGGGUCGCAGGUAUCAGAAGGGGCGCUGGACGUGUGUGGACUUCUACGGCCUGGACGCGGGGGUCCAGCACAGGGCGGGCGCUGGCCACUCCCUGGACUCCGGACUCCCCAAGUCUUGUCCGGCUAGCCCCUUACUGCUCUCUCCAGUAGCGGGGGCCAAGGGACAGCAGGGCCCCAGGUCACAAGGGGCCCCGAUAUUUGCUACAGUGACAGACAUGGAGCCAGCAGCCCAGCUGUCUCCGCCUCCUCUGCGUCCUGCGCCGCCGCUCAUCACUGCGCAGGCGCGGCCCGGACGACCCGUGUCCGACGUCUUCAAUGAGCGGCUGCUCCUGGCCCGAUCCGUCUUCAGCAUCGGAGACGAGAACGACAGUGACAGCACCUCCAACAGCCUGGGGGCGAUAGACAACAAGAUCGAACAGGCUAUGGACCUGGUGAAGACUCACCUCCUGUUCGCGGUCCGUGAAGAGGUGGAAGCGUUGAAGGAACAGAUUAAGGAGUUGACGGAGAGGAAUGGCGUCCUGGAGCACGAGAACCGCCUCCUGCGCACACUCGCCUCCCCGCAGCAGCUGUCUGAGCUCAGCGCCCGUAUGCAGUCAUCUAGGAAUGCGCUGUGAACCCUGCGGUUGUGUCUCGUGUACUGGAGUUGGAUGAUUGACGAUGAGGAGGCGGAGUCUGCACCGGAGACACCCCAAGAAACGGAAGAAGUCGGUGUGGCCAGUGGACGCCCCCCCCCCCCCCCCCCACGUUGCGGUUUUGUCCGUUUUCGGACCUGACACAAGGACAUGAACAAGUUUAGCAGAACAGACAUUGCUACAGAAAUGCUGCCGUACUGAGGCCCCGCCGUCUUACGCGUUGCUUUAUAACGGCUGUGCAGGGGGCGGGGCCACCCUAACUGCGUUAAUGAAUGUUAUUAAUGGACUAACGUUUGACUGUAUGCCGCAGGACUGGCGGUCCGCCAAAUAAAAUGGUACAGUAUCUACUAAUGGUGGACAGCGCGGUCCCGACUCACACUCCUGCGCGGUCCCGACUCACACUCCUGCGCGGUCCCGGAUCACAC